UCCAAGGCAAUCUUGUGUUGACGCAGCAACCACGGCAACCGCACACGGGCUCGGCGCGCAACCCCUGGCUGGGUCGCGCUAAAGUAUCAAUGCGCAAGUAUGGAUCGGGGAGAUUUCGAACCGCAUGUGAGCGAAAAGAAGCGAGUAGCGUCAGCCCCUUCCGCACCUCAAACGUUGAAAUCUGCCACAGUGUAUUCAAGCACGCGGAUACCUUACCCAGUCGUCUUAAUCUCGUUACUGGUCCUUUUAAUUGCUGGACUUUACGAAGUGCACCGAUUAUGCGCAAAUAAUAACAUUCUGCUGGUAUCUCUCAACGCAACAACGAAAACAGAGGAUUCCAAGCCUAUCGUCUGGGUUUAUAGCAAAGGUUCAGAUCAAAGCCACUUGCGACAUGUCGUUGAAUCAUUUCAGCGAUACGGAUACCGGAUCGGGGGACGCGCGGACCGGUGGUCUGUUCUUUGGUCGCACGAUUAUCCAUUUACGGAAUUAGCUAGUGACAUGCGCGAAUUGAAGCCCGGCCAGGUUGUCAAUCACUUCCCGGGCUCGGGUUACAUCACCAACAAAGGCAGCCUAUCCAUGGAUAGGUCCAUCCGACAGCUGCCUCUGACGUUCAAACUUCCGGCGCAGAAGGUAGAGUUUUUGCGGAACGCCGAGGAGCGACCUUCUACCAUGUGGGUGCAGAAGAAUCGAGACCAUCGAGGGAUACACGUGGUCGAUCCUGGCGAAGUCGCGGCUGCCACCGAUGAAAAAGAGACGUUCGUGCAAGAGCUGAUCGCCAACCCGCUGCUGAUCGACGGCAAGAAAUUCGACAUUGGCGUCUACGUUGCCAUGACAUCUUUGGAGCCUCUACGUGUGUACGUGUACAGAGGUGACGUGCUGCUGCGAUUCUGCGCUCGCGCUUACAACACACUUCAGUUCAACGCCUCUGAUCUGGACUCGUACGUGGUUGGCGACGACUACACGCCUAUCUGGGACAUGCCGUCGCUUGCCCGCUACUACGUUGGCUCACAGCUCAGCAUGAGGGCCAGCCUGGACGUCUACAUGCGCACGCAACUCGACGUCGACAGCGGCGCCCUGUGGGCCGAAGUGGAGCGGGUCGUGGCGUCCGUGUACAUGCGCAAGGCCGAGGCGAUGCGGCGAGCGGCAACGCGCUGGCCUCGCGCGGGCCGCUUCUUCGAGCUGGUGCGAUUCGACUUCGUGCUGGACGCGGCCCUGGGCGUGCACCUGCUCGAGGCGAACAUGUCGCCCAACCUGAGCUCGGCACACUUCGCGGCCAACGGGCCCUUCUACGAGCAGCUCCUCUUCAGCCUCUUCAGCCUGGUGGGACUCGGGGCGUCGCAGUCGGCCAACGCCGGCGGCUGGAGAUUCCUGGACCGAGCCGCAUCGGUGCUGCCGGCCGACUGCCCGGUGCAGCCGGAGCAUCGGUGCGAGCCGCCCGCGUCGCUGUGUGCUCCCGCGUGCCUCUCGACGGCGCACAAGCGGGCGUUCAGGGACGCCCUGUGGGAGCACCUGCACAGGAAGCAGUUCGCCAGGCUCGUGCCGCGUAUCGACACCAACAGCGCGCAGGAGGCCAACAUGACCGAAGCGGACCGCAUCUUGGCGCAGUGGUUCGCCGCAAAGUGCGCGCAUGACGCUGAAUGGUGCCACUGAAAAGUGACCGCCCCGGAAACAAAGGGGCGCCCAAUGCAGCUGUGACAGACAGUCUCUGUCCCCUAGUGCUCGUAUGUCGCACCAUGGCUUGAGUCACUGGAAAUUUUUUUACAGUGACUACAUAGUCAUGGCAAAUUACAGAGUCUACUAGGUGGCAAACCAACGCGCUCAAUGCAACGUGUUAGCAGCCUUCGUUUCAGGGUAUAGUGUUGCAUUCAGGGUGUGCGCUCAAGAGCAGUACUGUACGUAAACAGAAUUUCGUGCGUUUGGUGCAGAGGGGGAAGCGGUAGGAUAACACACCCACCGUGAAAAGAGUCUCGGUACAAGCCAGAGACGAUGAGAAAAUAAAGUGCGACCGGCGGUGCCACCUUUAACUUCUUGCAACAAUUUCGCUUGGCGUCACGGAUUUUAAUAGCGUCUGCUCGGUAGUAUACGUAUGGUUAAUUGUUUAUCGAUAGAGAUGGACAACAUUGCACUCAAAUCGGACAAAAGAUUCAAUCUAGGACAUUUCGAGAAAUAUUUCUGCUAUCCCCCAUCCAAAAAAAAAAAAACCGACCCAAAGUCGUGAAAGCACUUCGAUAUUCGCUACGUCAAAUCGCAGAGCUGGCACAUGUAAUAUGGCGGCGCUGUGGUUUCAGCGCGAAGGUAGAAAGAGAAACGUUUGGCCUUCGUUUUCCCCGCGGGUUACCUCUUACAUAUAUGAUAAGAAUUCAACCAAGACGCCGAGGUCAACACAGGGGAAAUUACUUGUACUUACUAAUUGAAUUAAAGAAAUAAUAAAAUAAUAUAAUAAGCUAAGUGGGGGUUAAGUUGACGCGUGUCUCGAUUUCUGGAGCGCGCUUCGGCCGUGGCUGUGCAUGGCUGUAAGCGUGGCCAGAGUCCUUGGACUCUGGCGUGGCUGAGCGCAUACGCAGCCGCGCACCCUUCUUUGGAGGCAAUCUGCCGCAUGUGCGAAAAGUGGGCGUGCCGAGACGGCGUGGCACCUUGUAAACUGUCUUACCGCGCGUUUAGUGUUGGAGGUCGCGUAAUAUCGAGUUAAGGUGACCCAUUGGAGCCAGAGGCAACGAAGCAUUCUCUCCCCACUGCCAGCGCUUUUCCCGAUGGCGUCGUCCCAGUGCGGGCGACGCUACCAGUCGCGGGGGCGGAGCACACGCGAAAGCGUGGCUGGCUUCGCAUAAUUCGCAGCGCCCAGAAGAUGUCGUCGACGUACGUGGCAUGAAACCGCAUCAUUCGUCGCCGACUGCCGACUCCCAAACUCAUCACCAAAAUAAAUUUUCUCGUUCAAAUGAG